CGGGGACCCUUCAUUUUGAGAUGCAAGAAAUUCCGUGAGAGCACCCCAGAGGCGAACAUCGCGCCCCAAAAAAAAAAACCCUCGUCCCGACUUCCUCUUGCAGCCAAACCCCUAGCUUCCUCGCUUUUCCUUCCUUUCUGCCCUCGUCCUUGCCCCCUUUCCCUCGCUACCUCUGUCCUGUCCUGCCCUUGCCCUGCCCUCCCCCCCGGUUCCCUCCCCAUCCCCCAAUCCCCCAAUCGUUCCUGUAAUAAUUUCCAAUUUCUGUCGUCGUCGUUGCCAUUCCCUUCGUCCGUCUCCCCGUCUUUGCUGUCGUCGUCGUGGUUGCGUGGUCCGACCUUCCUGUCUGCUGCAUCGCCCUUCCGUGCCCACCGCAUUGUAGCGUCGUCCGUCGCGGUGGCCUUGUUCGUCCUAAACACAGCCGUCGCCAGGCCUUGUUGCCUAUCCGACUCGAUCUCGACCUGGCCCGGCCACCUGCCAGCGCCAAAAAAAGACCAUCAACCACUGCUGGGGACAUCGUUCGUGGUGAAAGUGAGCCGUUCCCUACCGCUCGUUACUUCACCAUCCCAAAACAAGCAUCCAACAGCAGCGGCCGCAGGCGUCCUUCCGUUUUCUUUUUGCUCUUCACGCUCGUUUUACUCGCCUCUGUUUCUUGCCGUCGUUCCUUCGGCCUUGACUGCUGUGCCUUCCGCCAUCCUUUGCUCUGCAUCGCCCUUUGGUUUUUUUUUUUUUAAUCUUCUCUUCGCUCGAUUUCCCAGUCGUCACUGUCGUUUAUAUCUGAUUUCGUCUGUUUCGUUUCAAACUCGCGGUCCUUUCUCGACCCGACCAUCCCCGUAAUCCCAACAUCCUCUUUCGCAUCGAACCCGACGUCCAACCGGAUACCGGAUUGCCAUUCAUUAUCUGAAGCCUGGUGCGGACCUUGACGCUGAGCGACGAAGCCAUUGAUACGAUAUCUGCCCCCUCGAUAUGGCUGCCCUGGUGCAAUCGUACCCUCAGCAGUCAGGAACCAUCACCAUGCUUCAGACCCGACCGUCAUCCUCUUCCGGGAUGCUUCCCCAAGGCCAGCCACAGAACCAACCGUAUGGAGGAAACCAGGGCCAGAGGAACAGCUUCUACGGGAACUCUGGGCCUAUCGGGGGCCAGCAAGCCUACCGCACAAGCUCUGGGCCCAUCCAGCCGUAUGCCUUCACGAGCACGCCGAACUACCACCCGAGCGCUCCUCGGCAGCAAAAUGCGGCAUCGUACAGGACCGCAUCGUCUCCUGCCGUUCCCACUAUGCAGGGCUUUGAUGCCGCGAACGGACGGCCACGCUACCCCGCCAGUGCCUCGAUGACAAAUCUCUCACAGGGCAUCUCCGCUGGCUACAACGCCAGCGGCUCGAGGGACGACUCUAGCCUCCCUGCCGUUGGUGGACGGAGACAUCCCACAGCGCCUCGUCCGCAGUCGGUCCAUCUGACCGGUGCUGCUACCGCCAUGGCAACCCAGGUCACCUUCACCCAGGCCACUCCGAUUCGCGUUUCUCCUGAGCGGUACAGGAGGCCGGUGCCUCGCACGAUGGAAGGUGUCACUGCUCCGCCGCUGCCGCGGCUACAGACCUCUGCGCAGCCUUCGGGAUCUGGCAUGGCCAACGUCAAUCAUCUCUACACUCAGGACCAGCGGCCCAACAUGGUGAGGAACAGGACCCCGUCUUCCGGCACCAGCAGACCCACGAGCCUUUACAGCGUCAAUCCUGUGGCUCCGACCGACGAUUCGCAGACGCACCGCCGUCAAAUCAACGAGGACGAGGCAAAGCGGCUCCGGCGCCGAAGCAUGCCCGCCCUCGACUCGAGCGAUUUCUCCAGGUUUGCCGCCCCGCAGGAGCCCAGGAAGGCCGAAGAGCCGACAAAAAGCCGCAAGGCUGCGGACCGCGAAUCAAAGACUGGCCGGGUCGUGGCUCCCGCCAACGUCUCGGGUGAGGCCGAGAACGGCACUCGCAUUGAGAAUGGCAGCGCCGAAAGCCUGGCAUCUAAUCGCAGUGCUCCCCGCCCAUCUUCGUCGACCACCCCCGGCUCCAACGCCCCCACUGCCAACCCCGCUGGGUCCAUGUCUGCUUCCGAUGCGUCUGCUGCCAACAGGGGCGCCUCUGACAAUCUCCGCCUGGUCACAAUCCCUCCGCGCGGCUCCUCCACCGAUGCGUCCAAGACGGUCCCCAAUCCGUCGCCUCUGUCGAAGCCGAUCACGAUGGAUUCCGAGUCGGACGCGACGGCCGCCAAUGCAUCUUCCAAGCUUGGAACUUCGCCCCAGGCGCCUGGGCAGGGCGCAAGUCCAGCAGCCCAGCAUCUGGCAGCCAUCAGUCAAAAAACUGGCAAGCCCAAGAGCAAAACUUCUCGCCUCCGCCGUGCCUUCUCCUUCGGCAGCGCGGCAGAGCUUAGGAAAGCGUCGAAUCCCGAGACAAUUCGUGAACUGGCCGGAACCGACAACCCUUCGAAGCUGCAAAAGGACCCUGCGCCCGACGCGGCCUAUGAUGCGGAACAGGCCCGCAUUGCUCAGCAGCAGGAGGAGGCUGGCAUUGGCAACAGCAUUUACGCUGGAGCCAAGAUUUUUGCUGGAUCCACCGAUAACCUGUCCAUCUCGUCCACGGCAUCGUCUGCUUCGAUUAUGAUUCGAAAGAUGGGUCGUGGAAUGAAGAAGGGCGGUCGCUCGCUCGUGGGCCUCUUCCGCCCCAAGUCAAUCAUCGGUGCCCCGUCGGCCGAUGCACAGGCGCCAGAAGCCAGCCAGGCUGCUGUAUCCAUGAUCACUGUCGAGGCCGAGCGUGAGCGUGUCAAUGUGAACGCCGAUCCGCAUUCACAGAACGGAGGUGGCACAGGCUUUCCUAGGCUGGAGAGGAAUUCGAUCGACGCAUCCAAGACAUCGAGCCUCGUCUCGGACCGUCUCGGAAGCUCCGGCACCGACAACUCUGGCGUUCGGAAGAGCAUCGUUGGCGGGGACAGGGAGCGUGCCGAGGUUCUAGCCGCGGUUAGGAAGGGCAUCCUGAAGCGCCGCGGCGCGUCUCCCAGUCCGUCGAGGGGCAACCCCAACGGCAGCCUGCGCGGUGCCCCGGCAAUGAGCGACUCGCCGAACUCGAGUGCCCCGAGCACGCCAAACGACGACGUUCAGGGCCACAAGCGCACCGGCUCGGUGGCGAUCGGCAGCGAGGACUACUUCAUGACGGCUCUCCGACUGCGUCAGGACACUAAGAGUGCCCCUGCCACUCCUCAGGGGUCAACGCCCACGGGCACCAUGAGGCGGAACGCGACCUUUAGCCCUCGCAUUGUUUUCCACGAUACAUGGCCCAGCCAGGAGUACGACCGUCGUGGCGAGAUUGCUACGUGCAACCGCCUGACGCCGAUGCUCGCUCAGCAGAUCAAGGAGGAGCUUAACUCGUUCAAGAUGGAGAUGGAGGUGCACGAGAACUCGAAGAUAUACACGCACUUUUUCUAAUGUCACCGCACAGCAAGACAUGGCAUAUUAAUUCGGCAGCCUGUUUCGUUUCGGGCAGGGAUCGUUUCGCGGCAGCCCCUGUGGUGUAUUGCACAUGUCUUACAUUCUCAUGGCGUUUGUUUCUGGACAGCAUCGUAUGGUGUCACGGCGUUCUUUCCACUUACUGCACUUCCCUCGCUUGGUUCUUCGCCUAGAACUUUGAUACACGACAAACCACCGGCACGAGAGCGGGUGGACGAACUGUAUGGCCUCUGCAUAUGCACAUACACGGGCCAAGGUCGACUUGGGGCUUUGUCGGGAGCAAAAGUUUGGACGGUGUUUACUCGAGGCAGAAAUGCGCAUUGUAUUUUCAUCUGUCUCUGUCUCCUUGCUUACCUUUCAUUUUUUCCUUCUUCUCUGUCUCUUGUUUUGCUCGCAAGAAAAUCAAAAACCGAAACCCACCGACGCCAACCAGCCAACACGCACGAGCUGAAAGGGGGGUGGGCGAUGGGCUUUUAUGGCCCAACGACUCCAACGACUCGGGAAACCUGACAUUCUUUUGCCUCCACUUUCUUGUUUUGCUCGCUGGCCUCCCUUUUCUAUCUCGUUUCUUACCCCUUAGUCUCAUGGGCACAGUGGAGCGUUCGACUGUCAUACCGAACACUGGGCAUAUUAGUGUGGUCUUUUUUUUAUCUGACUGUCUUCAUGGUUUUGAGUUUUUCAGUGUUCUUUCCUUGUCUCUGCCUCUCACUUUUUGCUUUGUCCAUUUUCCCAGCGUCGGUGCGUGCCGUUGAGACCAGGCGGAAACAGACAAGGAAGUAAGCACACAUGCAUACACUCUCGCACACAGGCGCGCGUAUUGAAGGUCAAGCAGCUGUUGAAAUGUUUUUUGGAAGAUUUUUUUUCCGGCGGCUAGCUUUCAUCGCUAUCAUUGUUAUUCAAGUUCCUUAUGGUCCAUCGUCUAUGUCUACCUAACUCGGUUAGCGAUGAAAAGAGAGAUCACUCCCUGCUCGCCCAGACUUUGAAUGUUACGCAUGGCCGAUCC